GCUAAAUGAAUAAAUGUAAAUGUAAUUCCACAGCGUACAUGGACAUCAUGGACAAUUAUGUGGCAACAGUUUGCAGGAAAACCACACAUGGGUGUGAUGGACAUACUUUUGGCUGAGGAAUACUUACUUGUCUUUCGGUGUUUUGACAAAAUGUCCUACCGAGUGAGAUGUCCUACAAGGGAUUCUGAGUACACUAUACGCACGCCCAUACAUUCUCCACAUAUUUUAAUGUGACUAACAAAAUAAUUAGAUAGUUUAUCAAAGCAUUCCAUAUGUAGUUGUUGUUUUUUUUCUUCAAAUUCUGGAGGUAUUUUUUUCACAAGGACAGCUCGAUAGGGUAGGACAAAUCAUAAGAUACGACAGUCAAGGUCAAAAGUUGGGACGAGUACUUUUGCGCAACGUCUGCGCAACAUCUGCGCAAUCUGAACGCACUAUAAUGCUCUCAAACGCUCCCUUGUGUUUCGCCUGAGGAGGAAGUGACGCCAGACCGCGCGAUAUAGCUGUAUGUACACUUUCACAGUAGGGGGUAGGUGUGCUGCUGCUGUUGCUGCGCGCGAGUUAUUGAUAAGCCGCUUUCCCCCCCACAGAGCCGUCGGGAUAAAGAGCGUUAUAAUGCGUUUGUGACACUGGAACAACAGUAAGAUGUUAGUUAUGAGCUGUGUGAGUCGUUAGCCUGAACUGAGAGUAGAUUUUGUUAUUGAACAGAACCGUGUUAAUGACAUGCAGGGCUUUCGGUGUGCCCUAGCUAGGUGACUUCAGUGUUAAACAGAGUACCACCAAACCGGACACUACCAUAGUGCACGUGCGUGCGUGCGUGCGUGUGUAACGAAGCACCGAGUCGUGCUAAGAGCUAGUUGAUGAAUAAAUGGGAGAAGUUUGUUAGAAGUUGUAGUUAAGUUAGUUGAGUAAGGAUUGUAUAUAGACAGGCUUUUAAUUCGGGUACAGCGUUCACUGAGAAUAUAACCCUAUAUAAAAGAUAUAUAAACAUGGCCAAACCCGAGCCGAAGAAGAGCAGCACUUUGGCCUUCAGUGUGAAAGCUGGCGCGGAGGAGCAGGUCAUUAACGGCCCCGCAGAGCCGCCGGUAACUGGAGCCGCUCACGAGCCGGGAGUCCGAGCCAAACCGGGCAACCGGAGCACCGAGACCGAAGUGUUUGACGACGGAACCAACACUUUCUUCUGGAGAGCGCACACCCUCACCGUCUUAUUCAUCCUGACCUGUGCGCUAGUGUACGUGACUCUGCUGGAGGAGACGCCACAAGACACGGCAUACAACACCAAGAGAGGGAUUGUGGCUAGCAUUCUGGUGUUCCUUUGUUUCGGGGUAACGCAGGCGAAAGACGGCCCUUUCUCACGACCACAUCCAGCGUACUGGCGCUUCUGGCUCUGUGUCAGCGUUGUCUAUGAGCUGUUCCUCAUCUUCAUUCUUUUCCAAACGGUGCAGGACGGACGGCUGUUUAUGAAGUACAUCGACCCGAAGCUGGGCGUUCCUCUUCCAGAGAGAGACUAUGGAGGAAACUGUCUUAUCUAUGAUCCCGGAAACACCACCGAUCCCUUCCACAACAUCUGGGACAAGAUGGAUGGCUUUGUUCCUGCCCAUUUUCUCGGUUGGUACAUUAAGACGCUGGUGAUCCGAGACUGGUGGAUGUGUAUGAUCAUCAGCGUGAUGUUCGAGUUCCUGGAGUACAGUCUGGAGCACCAGUUACCAAACUUCUCAGAGUGCUGGUGGGACCAUUGGAUUAUGGACGUGCUGGUGUGUAACGGUUUGGGUAUAUACUGCGGCAUGAAGACGCUCGGCUGGCUUUCGAUGAAGCCGUACCAGUGGCAAGGCCUGUGGAACAUCCCCACCUACAAGGGGAAGAUAAAGCGCAUCGCCUUCCAGUUCACGCCGUACAGCUGGGUGAAGUUCGAAUGGAGGCCGGCGUCGAACCUGCGGCGGUGGCUGGCGGUGCUCGGCAUCAUCUUCAUGUUCCUGCUGGCGGAGCUGAACACUUUCUACCUGAAGUUUGUGUUAUGGAUGCCACCCGAGCAUUACCUGGUGCUGCUGAGGCUAGUGUUCUUCGUGAACGUGGGCGGCGUGGCCAUGAGGGAAAUCUACGACUUCAUGGACGACCCGAAGUUCCAUAAGAAGCUGGGCCAGCAGGCGUGGCUUGUGGCAGCCAUCACGGUGACAGAGUUUCUCAUUGUAGCGAAGUACGACCCCAACACCAUCACACUGCCGAUCCCCUUCUUCGUCAUGCAGUGCUGGAUCCUCGGCAUCGUCCUCAUCCUCACGUGGACCGUGUGGCGCUUCUUUAUCCGCGACAUCACGCUCCGUUACAAAGAGACACGGCGGCGUAAGCAGGAGGGCUCACCCGAGCAGGAGAGGUCCCCCGGCGACGGCAGCAAGACCCCCGUAACGUCCGGCCGCAGCAAACUGAACGGAAACACGGAUCCUGUACGACAACGCAAGUCCUGAGGGGAGACACGGUGGAGCACUCACUGCACAGCUGUGGCACACGCAGCUUGAAGUGUCUGUGUGUGUCUGUGUGUGUCUGUGUGUGUCUGUGUGUGUCUGUGUGUGUCUGUGUGUGUCUGUGUGUGUCUGUGUGUGUGUGUGUCCUGACCGUCCCACUCACCAUCAUUCCAAUGCUCACUGUUCAAACUGUAUCAGGAAAAUGUGCUCGAUUAUUUAUUUUUUUCCUUCCUUCAUGUUUUAUUGUUUGAAGCUGUAAGAUGCAGAGCAUGAGUACAUUUUGAGGUGUGUGUGUGUGUGUGUGUGUGUGUGUGUGUGUGUGUGUGUGAGAGAGAGAAGUGCAAAGACAUGUAUGGAAAAGAUGCUCUGCUCUUCCAGAUGCCUUAUACACUCGUACAGAAAUAGAAAAAACGAAGAAGGAAAGCGGGUCCUUAGCUGUAAUUUUCCUCGCCGCUGGGACGGUAACGUCAAGGGUACACUCGGCUCCUGUCCCUUUUUAACACGUUUAAAGUACGUUAACGUAAAACAGAAGGGGGAAAAAGGCUGUGCUCUAGUGGCGAGGAAAGGUGCAGUUUACCUUUCUAGUGCGUAGUCGCGAGUGUAGAUUCUUACUGGACCAUUAACAUGUGCGUGUACACGUGUGCUCCGUUUCCAGCGGUUUCCAGGGACUCGUUUCUUAUUUUGCUGCUCCGCGAUAAGACACGAGAGUUGUUCAAGUUUAGCUUGCCUUACAGUUUGUUAGGCUUUAAACUGUAACGAUCCUGGAGUUCUGCUGUUCCACACACACAUUCAUACGCACACACACAUCAACAACAUGACCAUUGUUUUUCUGUUUGCGUUAAACAGGGACUGAUGUUCUCUCAGGAGAACUGUCGCUCUUAUUACACUGUGUUUCUCAGGUAAUUUCCCUUCAGAGUAACAGCCCGAGUGAUGCACGACCGAGCAGUUACACUACACACACACACGCACACACACACACACACACACACACACGAGAGAACAAUCUUUCUGCCACACCUGGUCGUCCACAUGGAGGUCUGUUUCAUGAUCGUUGCUGCUUCAUCCUCAGAACAGAGUUAGUGCUCGUGGAAGGCCGUGUACCGACUCCUCCGACUUUAAUCCAAUAAUCUCAUUCAGCGUGCGUUUAGUGAAACGUCGUCGUCUUGCACCUGUGCUCAGUGAUCAUUUUUAAACUGUACAAGUGAAUAUUACAUAGAUCUAGUCAAAGAAGCACAUGUUCUGUGUGUGUGUGUGUGUGUGUGUGUGUGUGUGUGUGUGUGUUACAGUUCAUAUCUGUAUAUGCAGAAACUGACAAAACCGUUUAAUGUAAUGUAGAACAUUAUAGCUGCUGCUAUUAUAAUCUUAAUACGAAUGUAAACUUUACAUUUAGUUGUUUGUUGAAACGGGUUGCCAGCGCCUUUAGAACAACCUCUUACUACUCGUUUGUGUUACGCAAGGUGUUAUAUAUAUAUAUAUAUGUGUGUGUGUGUGUAUAUAUAUUUUUUUCUUUUCACUAGGGUUUAAAAAAAGAUGUUCUGAAGUUUCUUUCUAGUAUUUAACUUUAUUAUUAUUAAAACCUCUGUUCCUCUUCGCUUUUACUUUUCUUACAUUCUGUAAACGUCGGAACGAGGCCGAUGUCAGCCCGGGGCGGACGUCUCCAUCGAUUACAGAGGGUUCGUUCCGUCAGGCCUUCGGAUAAGACGCCGAAACUGGGCGCUACAACAAAAAUAUCAUAUCGUGGUUCUCAAAGAAAUUCCUACGCUACAUGAGAUGUAUCGCCAUAUAUAGGUGUAUGAACAAUUUCCCAGCCGUACAGUAUGACAAUUUUAUUUAAAAAAAAAUGUCUUUAUAUUUAGAAUGUAACCUUGAAAAAGCUGCGCAUGAAAAUGUCACUUAUUUUGGACCAUUUAUCACACUAUUGAUAUAUCAUCGUAUUGCUCAGCACAUACCCUGUUCGCUCAAAACGAGCCCGUGGCCGCUCGAGGGUUCGAAUCAACAUAGACGUCGACUUUGGGGGCAGAAAUCGUUUCAGUUUCUUUACAGGAAAAAAAAUGGCAGUCUACUGUUUAUAAGUGUUUCUAAGUGUGAGCAAUAAAAAGCUAAUUCACAAUGUACGCUUCACUCACACUAGUGAAAAUCACCGAGUUUAUUUAGCUAGUUAAGUAGCUCUUACUGAUAACUGAUAAGUUGAUGUGAAUGUUAGAUAGAAAUGUGGUUUUCUUUAAAAGAUCAGGUCUGUCCAUCCAGUGAUUUAAAAAAAAAAAGUUUUCUCUCCAAGCGUUGACACACUCUCUCUCUCUCUCUCUCUCUCUCUCUCUCUCUCUCUCUCUCUCAUACACACACCUGUCUGCAUAAUGGAUGUUCAUAUAGACCAGUGGUCACCAACUCGGUUCCUGGCAAUCUGCCUUCCUGUACGUUUCAUCUCCAACCAAAUUCUACCACUCCUGUUUUAGUUGAUCGAGAUCUUAAGGCAGUGAUUAGAGGGUCAGGUAGGUGCCAUUACAUUUGGAGCUAAAGUCUUAAGGAAGCUAGAUCUCCUGGAACAGGGUUGGUCACCAGCGAUAUAGACAAUUAGUUUGUGUACGUGUGUGUUUCUGGCUGUGGUGUUUCUUCAGGGCAAUAAGCCGCUCAACUCCUUUUCUCCUCUGAGGUGUGUGAGAAUGUCAUGAACCAAGACGAUUACUGAAACAGAACAAUAUAUGAAUUGUUUUAUAUAUAAAAAAAAAAUUAAAAAAAGGUCUGUUUGUG